AUGGCUGAAGAAGUAAACAAAGACCUCGAGGUUGUCGUGCUGAAGAGUGACGGUGUUGACCGCCUCAGCAACGAAAAGACUCUUAGAAAUGCGGAAUCAGUCGACAGCUUCCACCACGAUGAGGCUGCGAAAGUCCUGGUCGACUAUGUAUCCGCUGGAGGGCCCGAGGAAUGGAGCUUACUGGAAGAGAAGAACAUGAUCCGCAAGAUCGACCGGAGGCUGCUACCGGUGAUGGCCUUCACUUUCUUUUUGACGUGCUGGUACAAGAAGGUGGAACAACCUUUCAGGAUAGGCUGUUUCGCCGCCUUUGUCGGUCCCGCCGUCAUCCUCGCCGUCCUCAUCAACUACGGCUUCGGCAAGAUAGAGGGGAGUCUCGCCCCCUGGAAGAGCAUGUUCCUGUUCGCCGGCGGCGUCACCACCGUGUGGGGCCUGCUCAUCUCCUUCAUCCUCCCCGCCGACCCGAUCAGCGCCCGCGGCCUCACGGAAAGGGAGCGCUACAUCGCCGUCGCCCGCAUCCGGUCUAACAACGCGGGUGUGCGCAACACCCACCUCAAGCUCGACCAGGUGAGGGAGACCCUCAUGGACCUCAAGUUCUGGCUCUGUUUCUUCUUCACAAUCUUUGCCCUCAUCGUCAACGGGCCGACCUCGUCCUUCGUCCCGAUCAUCAUCAAUGGCUUCGGCUACAGCACCUUCGAGUCGCUGCUGCUCAACAUGCCCGCCGGCGCCCUGCUCUUCCUGCAGAUCCUCGGGAUAUCGUACCUGGCGACGAAACGGCCCAUGUGGCGGUGCUGGAUCGCCAUCACCUGCCAGUUCUUCUCCACCCUGGCGGCCCUGCUCCUGUGGCUCCUCCCGCUCUCCGACAGGGGCGGCCUCCUCUUCGGCUGCAUCACCAUCGGCUGCGGGAUACCGGGGUACAUCCUCAUGCUCAGCACGCAGCUGGCCAAUACGGCCGGGUACACGAAGCGUGCGACCGCGUCGGCCGGGAUCUACGUCGCCUACUGCGUCGGCAAUAUCAUCGGGCCCCUGGUGUUCCGGGAGCAGGACGCGCCGCGGUACAAGGUGGGCUUCAUCGUCGUCGUCGCGUCGACGCUCGCUGCCGCGCUGCUGCUGCUGGCUUACCGCUACGUGUGCCUGGCGCACAAUCGGAGGAGGGAUCGGGCGGGCUUCAUGGAGAGCUUCGAGCACGCCUACGAGGAUGAUCUGACUGACCUGAAGAACCCUCAUUUCAGAUAUGUAGUUUAG